AUUCUUUACCAUCAGAAAAUGAUAUUAUUAUGUUGGAGUAUCAAAUUUUUCAUAUUCAGAGAAGUGGAUCACAUAUUGCAAAGGAAGUAUUGAAUUUAUUAAAAGGAUUUUUUCAUACCAGAAAUGUUGAUUCUAGUCAACAUUAUUUUUCAGAAAAUAUACUUCGUGCGUUGAAUGAAAAAGCUAACAAUAAUGAAUUGGAACGAACAAAAAUACCUAAAAUUGAGAUAAUAUGA